AUGUUGAGUACCAAGGGAAGUACAGAUGGCUUGUUCAACUCGUUUCGAGUAGUACUGACUGACUGCAAUUAUGCUCGUAGUUUUGGUACAUGGAACAGGGUCUUGACCUUAGCUGGUUCCUUAAAAAUGGGGACUUUGUCGUUGGAUAUGCUUUUUAUCCGACGGCUGGGUUCAUUACUGAAGCUUCUGUUUCCAUUGAACCGUCACUCGAAAACAGCAUGGCUUGCACUUGUCGUACUCAUCACUUCGUUUCUGGACCAAGUAGGGACAUACUUUGUUGGAAUCUUGCCAAGUCAGUUCUAUGUUGUUCUUGGAAAUAGGGAUCUGUCCGCAUUCAAACUUCUAAUUGCGAAAGCUACGGUGAUAGUCAUAGCGAAAUCAGUGUCUCUUGCGUCAAUCAAGUACUUCACCUCCAUUCUUGCCAUCAGGUGUAGAGAAUUAUGCACCUAUACUCUGCACAGACUUUAUUUUAAAAGAAGAGCUUUCUAUAAAUUGGGUACCAUGUCUGAGGGUCUUGAUAACAUUGACCAGCGUUUGACUCAAGAUAUCGAAAAGACUACUCAGGCACUCGCUGUCGAUCUCUUUGCUCCAGUCAUCACUGCGCCUUUCAUCAUAUUAUAUUACUCUUACCUGACUUGGAAAAGCUCAGGAUGGAUGGGUCCUUUCACGAUUUAUAUUUAUUUUGCGCUUGUAACAACUGUUAAUCGUUACCUUUUGUCCCCUAUUGUGGGUCUUGUCAAUGAAACAGAGAGACGGGAGGGCGACUUCCGUCAGCGUCAUAUGGAAGUCAGAACUAAUGUGGAGUCAAUUGCCUUCUAUCAAUCUGGUCUUAUUGAGAACAUCAUGGCAAAUCAGAAGCUGAAAAUCUUGUUGAAAACAAAGAGAAAGCUCAUUGAGUGGCGAUUUCUCCUCGGCAUUGUCACGAAUAUAUUUGAUUAUUUUGGUGGAACACUGUCGUAUCUUAUCAUCGCGAUUCCUAUAUUCAUGACGCAUACAUAUGAUUCGCUAUCUGGUACAGAGCUUAAUGGUGUCGUGUCAAUGAAUGCAUUCUUCUAUCUUUAUUUGAUCUACAGCUUUACAAAUCUGAUCACACUAUCAGAGAAACUAGGAGAUCUUGCUGGUGUUACGCACAGGGUGAUCGAAUUACUGGAAGAACUACGACGGUUGCACUCCGAUUGUCUUGAAACAGAUAGGCCGCCGUCCACCGUACCAUCAAGCGUCGUAGUAAUAGGGAGUGACGAAGAGGAAAAGGCUAUCACUAGCAAAGCGAUCGAAGAAUUACAUGGCAAACAGCUUUCGCUCGAACGGGAUUGCGACGAUGAGGAGGAAGCCCAGUUUCUCCUAGGCAAUACUGUUGACCGCGAUGAUGAGUGUCCUGAUGAUGGAGUAGCAAUGACCUUAGAUUCAGCCACUUUAGCCGCUCCUAAUGAUGCACACAACGUCAUAAUCGCUAAUCUUUCCCUACAACUUAUACAAGGGCAAAACGUGCUGAUUACUGGUGAUAGCGGCGUUGGCAAAACUUCAUUACUCAGGCUCUUUGCUGGUUUAUGGAACAAUGUAUCAGGCAAAAUAGAUCGCCACUGGCGCGUUCGUCCACAGAGUUUGCUAUUUGUCCCACAAAAAUCUUACUUUCCCUCUGGCGGUGUCACUUUACGGCAGCAGAUAGUUUAUCCGCUUAAGGCUCUUCCAGUGGAAAAAGAUGUUGUUCGAUUAACACAAAUUCUUGAAUGGGUGAAAAUGGAGCACUUGUUGGAGCGAUGUCAAGGUUUUGAUCAUCCUGUCGAGUGGGAUUGGUGCGAGUCAUUAUCUCCUGGUGAAUUGCAGCGACUGUCUAUGGCACGUGUUUUCUAUACAAAGCCGAGGAUAGUAUUUCUGGAUGAAGCCACAAGUGCCAUUGGUUUUGAGACAGAGAUGCAGCUAUACAGGAAACUGCAAGAGGAAGGCAUAACCUUUGUGUCUGUUGGACAUCGAUUUUCCCUGAAGCAGUUCCACGACAUGGAACUCAAAGUUUAUCUGAGUCAAAACAGUCGCGCCCUUGUUUGCUUCAUAACCUGUGCUAGGCUGGUUAUCCUGUUCACUUCAGUUUUAGUCGAUUCAGAGGAGUCAAGUGAACACUUUUGUUUUGUGCUGUCCUUAUAUGCUGAUGACGAACGUCACUAA